AUGGCAGACUCGCCUGGGCCGGGAAGAUCCCGUGACAAGGUUCACCACACGGUGACCGCCUGUGUUCGCUGCAGACAGAGGAAAACCCGAUGCGACCCAGCCUUACCCCGGUGUGAACCAUGCGAGAGGAGCAAUGCGCAUUGCGAAUACUAUGAUUCCAUCAAGAGCAGGACUGUUCCAAGAACAUACAUCACCUCCCUCCAGGAAACUGUUCGCAAAUUAAAUGAAGAACUGAAGGCUUUGGAGAGAGAGGAGGAAUAUGAGCCAGACCACGAGGCUAUGGCGCGGGGUGCCGGCCUUGUCCGAUUCAGCGAAAAAGAUGAAUGUCGAUUCCUGGGGCCCUCGAGUGGCAUUGCCAUCACUCGCUUCGUCAUGGAAUUCGCAAAACAACAUUCACCUCGGAGGACGAUAAAAGACGUCGUACCGCAACAUGCUGCGCAAGAGAUCAAAGACAAAUUUGAAGCCGAGGAGGGGAAGCCCACCUCCAAGGUCUAUCCUCUGAUCAGUUCCGUUGCGGCUCCCGAUCUACCCAAUCGAGAUUUGAUGGAUCGCCUGGUAGAAAUAUACAUGGUGAAGGCCCAGUAUAUGCUACCACUUCUUCAUGAGCCGUCGUUUCGUCGGGAACUCCAGGCUGUCUACGAUGGUGCCACCGACCCCACUCUCAAUUUCCAAGUCCGCCUCGUCGUUGCCAUUAGCAUGCAAAAACUGGACAAACAGUAUGCCGGUCUUGCUGACAGUUAUUAUCUGGCUGCUUUGCCAUUCCUGACUGGUGCUGUGCAAAAGAUGGACUUGUCUACCCUCCAAUGUUUUGCCCUCGUCGCUCAGUAUUCACUGCUCACUCCAACCAGAACAGCAGCAUACUGGGUUGUUGGGAUCGCCGCAAAGCUCUGUCAAGAGUUAGGACUGUGUGAAGAGGAAACCAUCCACCGACCGCCUUCCGGCGCGCGUCCAAAUGCCCUCGAAGUGGAUAUGCGCCGGCGACUAUUCUGGAUCAUCACAUCAAUGGAGUACGGUCUUUCUCACAGCCUUGGAAGACCGAGUGCAUUCGGUGUGACCGUUGAUAAUAUCAACGUCAAUUUUUUCGAACUUUGUGAUGACCGAUUCAUCACUGCCGAUGGAUUACUUCCAGGACACCACCCCGUCAUGAAGAAAUGCAUCUCGAUCCAUUUCUUCAAGAUGAGACUGCUCCAGGCAGAGAUUAGACGGACGCUGUACCUCCGGAAGCGUGAGGCUCCUACCCAUGAUCAGGAUCCUUGGUUCCAUAGCAUGAUAAAGAAGAUUGACGAUUGGGUCCGGGACUGUCCGAAGAAUGAUGAGGGAUCUGGAUUAAGUGAGAAAUGGUUCACUGGACGCAAAAAUACCAUGAUAGUCUUCAUGUAUCGACCCUCUCCUCAGAUCCCUAACCCGUCAAUCUAUGCCGCUCAACAAUGUUACGACGCAGCCGUCUUCAAUAUCAAGCUGCAAAAAUUGCAGGUCGAAGCCCACUUGAUCGAUAUUACCUGGAUCUUCACACAAGCCAUAUUCAUGGCUCUCAACACGGUACUAUGGUGUCUGUCAUAUCCUACAAUCCGUCAGCAACACCCACGGGAAGAGGUUCAAGUUCACAUCCAGGACGCACUGAGGGCGAUAGAGUUGUGCGCAGAUCGCUGGCCUGGAGUCAGAUCCGCAUACCAGCUAUACGAAAAUCUCGUUUUGGGUUGUUUGAAGGCAUACGAAGCAGAUAAAGCGGCCGAAUCACCAGCCUCGGAUUAUGUGUCAUCCACGACCCAAGACAUCAGUUCUUCAGCCUCGCAAUUCGCCAAUAGUCCCGCCAGCACCGCUGGAACCUCAAUUCACGGCCCGCAAUCCCCACAAUCCAUCCACAGCGUACACACGGCCAAUCACAAUUUCAAGAAUGCCGCGACUAGCUACAUCGAUCACACAAAGCAACAAGGGUAUCAGCCCGAUAUGGUCCCAACGACUACCCAACCACAGGCUCUUAAUAACCAGUACCUGGCCCCUUCCGUGCCUCAGGUAGAUGUCCAGUCACUGCACUAUAGCCUGCCGGGAUUUGACCCGCACAAUGCAACUGGUUACAUUCCCACGACGUCACAAGACUCGAGUAACUGGACCUCUGCGCCAAUGAUGCCAGGUAUCAUCCCCGGCAUAACUGGAUCUCCCAAUAUGAAUUACGACGAUCUCCCCUAUUUAGCCUCAUUCGGCCAAGAAUACUCGCGCUACAUGCAACAUUCCUAUCCAUCGACGUACCAGAUGCAGUCACUAAGCCAGCAGCAGCAGAUGGAACUCAUGGCAUCUCUGGAACGAAGCCAAUUACCGGACGUGUCAAACCUAGUCAGUGACGCUACGACUUUCUACACUGCUCAACUCCCCUGA